GCCCGGGGGCGGCGCCGCUGGCUGGUCCCGUUGCCGGCCGCGGGGCAGGGGAGCGCAGCGGCCCGGCGCGGCCCGCGGGAUGCACGGGGGCGGCGGGCGGCCGCGCUGGAGACGCCGCGGGGCAUGCUGAGCCCGGAGCGCCCGCUCCCCGCGGGGACCCGGCCGGCGGCCGCCGCGCUGCUGCUGCUGCUGCUGCUGCGGGGCGCCGGGGCGCAGAAAGGUGAUGGUUGUGGACACACUGUUCUGGGCCUGGAAAGUGGAACUCUUACGUCAAUAAACUACCCACAGACCUAUCCCAACAGCACGGUGUGCGAGUGGGAGAUCCGUGUAAAAUCCGGACAGAGAGUUCAGCUCAAAUUUGGUGAUUUUGAUAUUGAAGAUUCGGAUGCUUGCCAUUUUAAUUACUUGAGAGUUUACAAUGGAAUUGGACCCACGAGGACAGAGAUAGGAAAAUACUGUGGUCUGGGCUUUCAGAUGGACAGUUUAAUUGAGUCAAAAAGUAAUGAAGUCACAGUACAGUUCAUGAGUGGGACACACCUUUCUGGGCGUGGAUUUCUUGCCUCAUAUUCAACCACUGAUAAAUCAGACCUAAUAACCUGUUUAGACAAUGCAAGUCACUUUUCUGAACCAGAAUUCAAUAAGUAUUGUCCAGCUGGAUGUGUGAUUCCUUUUGCUGAUAUUUCUGGCACUAUUCCUCAUGGAUAUAGCGAUUCCUCGUCACUUUGCAUGGCUGGUGUGCAUGCAGGAGUGGUGUCCAAUAUUCUGGGUGGCCAAAUCAAUGUUGUAAUCAGCAAAGGCAUUCCAUAUUAUGAAAGCUCUUUGGCUAACAACGUCACCUCAAAAGUAGGACUAUUAUCUGCAAGUCUCUUCACGUUUAAGACUAGUGGUUGCUAUGGGACACUGGGAAUGGAAUCUGGAGUAAUCCCUGAUUCUCAGAUUACUGCAUCAUCAAGUCUAGAAUGGCCUGAUGAAACAGGUCAGGCAAACAUCUGGACUCCUGAAAGAGCCAGAUUGAAAAGGCCUGGACCUCCUUGGGCUGCUUUUACCACUGAUGGGUAUCAGUGGUUACAAAUAGACCUGAAUAAAGAAAAGAGAAUAACAGGCAUUAUAACUACUGGAUCCACCAUAGCAGAGUACUACUAUUACAUCUCUGCCUACCGAAUUCUAUACAGUGAUGAUGCACAGAAAUGGACAGUAUACAGAGAACCUGGUGUUGAUCAGGAUAAGAUAUUUCAAGGAAACACUGAGUAUUACCAGGAAGUUCGCAAUAAUUUCAUUCCACCUAUUAUUGCACGUUUUGUUAGGGUUAACCCAUUAAAAUGGCAUCAGAAAAUUGCAAUGAAAGUGGAACUGCUAGGAUGUCAGUUUAAUAUAGGUCGGGCUCCAAAACUUACCAUGCCGCCGCCACCACCACCACAAAGUAGCAACGACUUCUCCCUGCAGACUGACAAAACAACCUCCACUCCUGAGAUCAAAAACACCACUGUGACUCCAACUGUAACCAAAGAUGUGGCACUGGCAGCGGUCCUAGUUCCAGUAUUGGUGAUGGUCUUCACUACUCUCAUUCUGAUCUUAGUGUGUGCAUGGCACUGGAGAAACCGAAAGAAAAAAGCUGAAGGAACAUAUGACUUACCUUACUGGGAUCGCGCAGGGUGGUGGAAAGGCAUGAAGCAGUUUCUCCCUGCCAAGUCAGCAGAGCAUGAAGAAACCCCUGUUCGCUAUAGCAACAGUGAAGUUAGUCACCUGAGACCAAGAGAAGUCCCAACGAUCUUACAGACUGAGUCUGCAGAGUAUGCUCAACCGCUGGUAGGGGGAAUCGUUGGCACACUUCAUCAGAGAUCAACCUUUAAACCAGAAGAAGGAAAAGAAGCAAGCUAUGCUGAUGUGGAUCCUUACAACUCACCUGUACAAGAAGUUUAUCAUGCUUACGCUGAACCAUUACCUGUUACUGGACCAGAAUAUGCAACCCCAAUAAUCAUGGACAUGUCAGGUCAUCCCACCGCACCUCUUGGUGUCUCUUCUAUUUCUACUUUCAAGGCUACAGGGAACCAAGCCCCUCCCACAGUGGGAACUUGCAAUAAACUCUUAGCUAGGACAGAUAGCUCAUCAUCUGCACGUGCACUGUAUGAUACACCAAAGGGGAUGCCUGAACUGGUGUAUCAGGUACCACAGAGCAUGCCACAUUUCACAGGAAGUUGAAAACUGAGGUAAGUCAUGAAUGAGCUAGGGGGUAGCAAAUGUGAGUUCUUAAAACAAAAUUAUUUGAAGGUGACUAUAUUAAAAUGUCCGUUUUGAAUCCCAUUGAAUUUUUUUUGUAUUGUAAGUUGUUGUAACAUGGAGUUGCACAAAAAUGUGAUAGCGGAGGUCCAGGAAACUAACAAUCCUGCCAUUUCUUUGAGGGUAUAUACAUAUGAUUUACUUGCUGUUCAGAAAUCAUGGACACCCAGUUUACUAUUGUACAUCAGAUAGAGGAGCUCCCUAAGAUGAACUUCAGUGAUUGAUUGAAAAGAUUGUCAUGGUGCAUGGAGAAGAAUGAUACAGUUCUAUAGCCUGAGAGCCAAUAAUUUAGACCUUGCUGAAGGUACUGUUCCUGAAAUUCAAGCCCUCAGUUGCACCCAACAUCUAGCUUUCCCCAAAGAGAACUUCAAAAACUCUUAAUGUUUCUGGGACUGCUGUAACUGAACUCUAGGACAAAACUCCCAGUGACUUAAUUGGAAGCAAGAUCAGCAAUCCAGAGUUAAUUUUUCUACUGUUUUUAGCUUCCUUUAAAAAACCCCACCAUCUCAUGGACUUUAAGGUCAGAAGGGACCAUCAAGAUCACCUAAUCUAGGGAUAAUUUCCUCUGUACAGUCAGACUCUUAACAAUAGUUACGUGGGAGUUUAUCCCUUGUAAGUGAGACUACUGAAUAAUCCUCUGAGGUUCCCAGUGUGGCUGGCAACUUGGUCAUUCUUUGAGGAAAUUAGAAGAGUGACUUUUAAAUGAGUAGGCAAGUACUGCUGAGAGCUUUUAAGGGACAGGUUUUUGAGCUUGUGCACAAACACUUCAGGGUACUGUAGGUGCAUUUGAAAAUUUGGUCCUCUAGACUGACUGUUAUUUUCACCCUUCAUUCUAGAGAUGAACAAAGUGUGCAACCGCUUAGAAGCCACUAUAUAACCCAUUGGAUUCAUCAUAUACUUGAUUGUUUCAACUUUCCCUGCAGUAUUUUUAUUUUAGAAUUAAAGCUGUGCUGAAUUUCAUAUUAGUCUAGCCUUGUUUGUUUAAAAAAAACACUACCAAAGCACAGCUUGUUUUGACUAAACAAAUAGGGAAAGUGAAAUUUGAGAGGAUUUAUAAAUGUGAUAUCCUUGCAUGCCCAGUUUUAUGGACUUUUCUAUUGACACAUGAUUCAAAUGAGCCUUGUUGUUUGUCCAAGGCCUGUAUAACAGCUAAAUAUGACGACUGUGCCAAUCCCAUUCUUGCUGCAAAUUUAGUCUGCCUUGAUAUUUAGUUUUUACAACAAUGUGAUACAUAACUUAUUUUUCUCCUGGUACUAAGGACGAAUUACGUACACUGUGUUUUAAGGCCUGAUCCUGCAAACUCUUACUCAUGCAACUAGAGUUUUGUAGGAUUGGUCUCUAAAUGUGAAUAUUUUAAGUCUCAGCCUUCUGAUAAAAGUUUCACUUACUAGGCUGUUUAAUGGAAGGAUUCCAUCUGUGGUAUUUUCCUAAAUGUAUUUAUUUGGAGACUCUGGAUCUGACAAACUUACUCUUCUGGAUAAAAAAAAAAUUGUUGUGCUACCUAAGGGCAAUGUAUGCACAUCCAUGCUUUGAAAUAAAUUGUCACUGUUUUUUUAAAGUAACCAGCUGCAGUAUGAAAGCAGGGUCUCUCUGUACCCCAGCCAUAGCACAUAAAUGAGUGGCUUUGAAUUAAUUCACUUGUUUUUAAGGCAGAUCAGAAUUUCAGUAGAAAAACACCAAAAUAUAAUUUUCUUUCCAGGUUUACCAAAGCUUAGUUUAUACUCUAUGCAUCUUACAAGAUAAAAAUGUUUAUUUUAGCCAAACUUGAGCUAAUGGCCUGUACUGUAAGAUGCAUAACUACAUGUGGCAUUGUCUCAUGUACAGUAAAACCAGAGGUACACUAUAAUGGAUACAAAAAUCAUUGUAGUAUUUUGUUUGGUAUGAAACUGGCUAUUCUCCCAGAAUGUACUGUCUUACCUCAGCCUGUACUGUAGUUACUCUGUAUUUGUAUAUAUUGCUAGACUUUAGAUUGUAUAAAUAGUGAGAUUUUUAUGUAUUUUGAAUAAAUUGUACAUAUGUAUCAUG